AUGACCAAAGAUUCUAUAUUUGCCUAUUAUUCAUGUACCAAAGCUAUUACUACUACUGCUAUUCUUCAAUUAUGGGAAAAGGGUCUAAUUGAUUUUGAUACUUGUGUUAAAACCUAUUUACCUAAGAUAGAAAAUAUUGGUAUUAUUAAAGAAUUAAAAGAUGAUGGUACAACACUUGUCACCAAGAAAGCAAAUGUGGAUGUUACGAUGCGUAUGUUAUUAACACAUAUAGCAGGGUCUUCAUACGCUUUCUUUAACGACGAUUACAAUAAACUACUUAAACUGAGUGGUCAGCCAAAUAUCCUCAAAGUGGAUGAAACCACCAUGGACCACACUUUCUUAACUUUGCCUGGGACUAAGUGGCAUUAUGGAAUGAAUUUAGACUGGGCUGGUUUUGUAUUAGAAGCUAUAACGGGAAAGAAAUUGAAUAUCUUGAUGAGAAUAUUUUUAAGCCUGCAAAAAUGGCAUCAUGCAAAGAUAUUGUGACGGCGCACAUGCGUACUAAUGAUGGAUUAUCUGUUGCACCAUUUAGUCCUCAAAAGUCUCCUAAAUUGGAUAUGGGUGGCCAUGGUGUUUUUGGUACUGUUGACGAUUAUUUGAAAAUUAUACGGAUUUAGUUGAAUGAUGGUACUACUUCUGAAGGUAUACAAAUUAUAAAGCCCGAAACAUAUCAACUUGCAAUCCAAAACAACUUACCAGAAGGCUUACAUAUAACAAGUCUUCAAUCAGCUGACUUUACAAUUACAAAAUCGGUCGAUUUAGAAUCAAAUUCAAAGCCAGAUACUUGGUGUCUCGGUUUUGCUGUAACAGAAAAUGAUUUGCCCACUGGGAGACCACAAGGGUCAUUAUACUGGUAG